CAUGACUGCAACACUCAGCUACGAGUAGCACUAGGAGAAGUGCGAGCAGGCAAAGGGAUUCUCAGGCAGGAGAGCUUCAUCUGUGUGACUCAUCCAGAAUACUGUGAGGAAGAAUUUUGAAGUAUUAUGGAAGAGACCUGGUCCAGUCAUGGGCAGCCCUAAACAGCCUCAGCGAUUGCAACUGACAAGACCAGAUGGUACCAGUGAGAACCUUUCUCUACGUUCUCCAAUUUCCUCAAAAAUAUGGCAGGCUGAAGAUCCUACAUGCAAUUCAGGAUUUGAUAGGGAGGAUCUUUGUAUGAGAAACUUCUGUGUCAGUGUACAUGGAGACCAUGAACUUACGGAAGGAAGUUUUAGCUUCGACACAGAUGGAGAUGAUAUCUUAGAAAUACAUAGGGACUUUUCUGUGGACGCAGAUGGUGCAUAUUCUUUUCAUGAAGUCAGAGAAGAUCAAAGUUCAUCAAAGCAAGGAGACUGGAACUGUAAGUCUGAUUCCCCACAAACAGAGGCACCCUCUAAGCAAUCCCUUGAAAAAAGUUCUAAUAUCACUUCUGUGUCAGAUGGAAAAGACUUAAUUAACUCAGAAAACCUAAUGAAUAGUCAAGGACAAAUAUUACAUGCCCCCACUGUAUCUGAUGUUAGCCUGUCUAUAGUAAUGAACACUGAUGUGACUUCUGGAGUCCCUAACCUACAAGGAGAAACAUCAGACACAGCGAAAGAAAAUGUGAAUGGAAAAUCAGAAUCAAUACAGCUUGCCAGCAGACUUGGUAAUCAAGCAAGAAAAGAAAUUCUGGCAGAAGUAAUGGCAGAAUGUAAGGAGGUUGCCAAUGGAGAAAUGAGUACAAAAACAUAUGCAUCUAACUUAUUGUCUUUAAAUUCAAGCAGUGACAUAGAAGAAAAACACUAUAGGUCUAUUGCAAUAAGUCCUAUUGUUCCACCGGAUGGAAGUUCUUCUUUUACUUUUCAAACUGGUAUAACACUAUUUGCUAAAAAUUCUUCUGGACGAGAUAAUACUGGCAAGAAUGAUGAGCUACCAAAAAACUAUUCCUGUGAACUUACUCCUGCUGAAGGUGAAGCUGAGGCAAAAGUACAGUAUAGAUCUAUUGCUGUCAGUCCCAUUAUACCCCCUGGGGAAACAUCAUUAUUCCAAUUUCAAAAGGAUAACGGUCAGGAAGAUGUAAAGGUUUGUUGUUCAAAACAAACUUCAGAAACUAGAGAACAAGAGAAGCUCAAAGAUGGGUCUGAGACCAAAAUAGAGUAUAGAUCUGUAGCAGUGAGUCCUAUUAUUCCACCUGAAGGGUCUUCUUCAUUUACAUUUCAUACAUUAAGAACUGUUUCUGGCAAUACAGCAGCAGAACAAGAAGCCCAAAAUAAAGAAUUACUCCCAAAAACAUAUUCCUUUGAAUUGACACCACCGAAUCAUGAUAUAGGCACUCAGGCAGACACCAGAGCCGAGUGUGUUUCAGUUGCAGUAAGUCCAAUUAUACCACCAGAUGGGUCAUCUUCAUUUAUUUUCCAGUCAGAUCUAAUGAAUAGAAUUGGCGGAGAAAAGGUGCCAGAUAAUGUGAGCACACAGGGUGGUACACGAGCGCAGUAUGUAUCUGUGGCCAUCAGUCCCAUUGUACUUCCAUGUGGCUCAUCCUCUUUUACAUUCAUAGCAGAUGAUAAUGGUACAGAACCAAACAAAGAUAUAAAUAUUAAAACUACAGAUAACCUUCCCAAAACAUACUCCUUUGAGCUCACUCCUCCUGAUGAUGAACCUUGUACUAGCAGAAGAGUAGAAUAUAAGUCUGUGGCAGUUAGCCCUAUAAUACCCCCUGAUGAAGUUUCUUUUUCAUUCCAAACUGGUAGAAAGAACACAUCAAGCUCUUUAGAUGCACUGCUAAAGACUUGUUCAAUUGAGCUGACACCCCCUAACCAGGAUAUUGGGACACAAGCUGAUAAAGUGGAAUGUGUGUCAGUGGCUGUGAGCCCCAUUGUAAUUUCAUCAGGAUCUUCAUCUUUUUCCUUCCAAGGGGACCAAGUUGCCUUGCACCAUGAUCAUACACAAAAGCUGGAUUCCUGCAGUAUAAGUGCCAUUCCCAAUCGGUUACCAGAACCAACAACCCUUUAUCAUGAUAUAGGGAUCCAAGUUGAUACUAUAGUACAGUGUGCUUCUAUAGCUAUCAGUCCCAUGGUACCACUGCAAGGAUCAUGCUCCUUUGUGUUCCAAACGGAGGAUGCCAAUCAAGUCCCUGCAAUAUGUUCACAUGUUCAAGAAAAGCCUGAGAUGAAGGAUGCAGAGAUGCAAGUGUCCUUUCCAGUUGAAACAAGAUCUAUUGCAACUGACCCAAUGACUCCAAAAGGGAAAACACCACAGGCUUCCUAUCCUGAAGUCAAAGUAAAAGAAGCCAAAGCAGAUCACCCAGAACCUGUGCGAGAAGUCAGCUGGGAUGAGAAAGGAAUGACAUGGGAAGUGUAUGGAGCAUCAAUGGAAGUUGAAGUUUUGGGGAUGGCUAUACAGAAGCACCUGGAAAAACAGAUUGAGGAGCAUGAGAGACAGAAAGUGAUGACACCUCAAAAUACUGUUAGAGGUAGUUCUGUUCGAGGUACUGUAGUAAAGAAUGAGAGCAAAAAAAGACAACCUGGUGCCUUCCGCGCCUUUUUCCGGAGAAGAUCCCGUUGCUGCUCUCAUGCUGGAGCAACUGCAGAAUGAACCAAAAAGAGAUAAGCCAUUUAAACACUUAAAGAAAAAGAUACAAGUAAAGAUUUAUUUUGAAAGUGAAUAAAAAAGAUUGGUUUAAAAGGAGCAUAGACAGAAACUAUCAAUAGAGGGGGAAAUAUGGAUUCUCCACGUGACGCUUCUUGUCGUAAAGAGCCCAGUGGUUGGAUUUAAUGGAAAGAUAAAUGUGCAUUCGGAUUCUAAUAUAAAAUUCUCUUUCUGAUGAUCAGACAGAACAAGGGAAUUGUAAAGUGUUUUACAUUCUAACAAUGCAUCUUCUGCACUAGUACCUUUAACACAUUGCUGUCCCUAACAGCAGAACUUUUAGCGAUCAAUGGGUUUGAGAAGGAGGUGACAGAGGAGACAGUGCACCACACAUGGUGCCAGAGAUCAGUGAAGGUUAUGGUGAUUAUUGCUACAAUGCCUGGUUAGAGAGGCUGAUAUUGGGUGAUUUUUCUUUUCUUUUUUCAAAUGCCUCAAUGUUAAGACUGGCUCAGAAAGUGUUAAAGAAACAGCUACGUAUUACCCAAGUGGCUUGGAUACAAGAUAUACUUGGCUGAUGGAAAUAGCAAUCAUCUAACACAUUUAUAAGCCUAGUGCUUCGUUUAUCAAGACUGUCUAAAUGAAACACUGGACAUGUUGCCCAUAGUGGCCAGAGUGCAAGUUUUAUUCUUCCAGAGCAAUUUAAGAAAUGAAAAGCGAGUUCUGAUUGGUUGCAUGGGGAGUUUUUCUUCUAGACAGUUUUGAUAAAUGAGCUUGAUAUUCAACUACUUGCGUCACACUUAGAUCAUACACAGAUCAAGUACAAUGCUGCAUUCUGCAAACUAUUAGCAUUUAUUGAGCUAAGAGUUUUUUUCUUUCAACCCAACCUACAAUGUUAGUAAAUGAUCUUCUGACUAAGUGCAUCAUAAUGUGAUAACUGUAACAUGGGCGCUUGUUUCAGACAUAUUCCCUGGUUUUGAAAUUCACCAUUUAGAAUAUUUGCUCAUAUUUUCUCCUCUCUCUUUUUCUCUUUGUUGCCAUGGAAAUCAGCUUCUGCACGUAACCAUAGCUGUCUAAAUUGUGGAAGGAACUUGUAUUCAGAGCAGACAUGUCCAUUUUCACGCAGAAAACUGUUCAGAUAUACUCUGAAUUACAUAAUUAAAACAAAAUUUAUCAUGUCUACCAUUAUAAUGUAAAAAAUACUAUUAUUUAUGGUCAAGUAAAAUUCUGGCAACCUUCUGGCCUAUGGAGACAAGAUGAUUCCCUCAGUGCUUACCCUCCGUUGCAUGCCAACUCCACUAGGCUGAUGUGACCACCUGGACUGGUUGCAGGUUCUUCUGCUCAGGUCUCAACCAUAUGUGUUGCUGAGUCUUACUAUUCAGCUCCAUACUGUAAAUGCAGAUGAUUAGGAGGAUUUAGUAAUGUUGAGCUCGAAUAUUCGUAAUACAAAUUUUUAUCGUGAAUAUCGGCACUUCGAUAAUUCGCAAAUAUUUAG